AUGGACCUCAUCAAGAUAUACAAGCAAAACGAAAUUCUGAAGGACUACGUAAACAUAUACGUCGACGACGAGAAGGAAUCGCUUCACCAAGGAAACGUAAAGUACAAAAUAUUGCACAUAAUAGGAAAUGGAGUGUACGGGGUGGUUUACAAAGCCUUCUGUUUGAGCAGCCUGUGUGUGGUGGCCCUGAAGCAGACCUAUCAGAAGAACGCUCGCAUCUUUAAGGAGGUGGAAAUAAUGAAAAAGCUCAGACACCCAAACAUAGUAAAACUGAAGCACGCAUUUUACACCAACACCUCAAAUGGAGGAGUGUAUGUCCAUAUGAUUAUGGAAUAUGGAAAUACAGAUUUGGCUACCUCUCUUUAUUACAUUAGCAUACAAAAUUCACCUGAACAUGUUAAUACUUUUUAUGAGUCAACUGGGAACCAGGAGGGUUUUCCACAAAAUGGUAAUGCCGCCAUAUUUGGGGAUGACUGUUUGGAAGAGGCCAACUUUGCAUAUGGGGGUGACAAUAUGGAAGGACCCCUGCAUGGUAACCCCAAUCGGUUAGCCACAGCCGAAUUGGACUCCCCCAGGGGGGGAAGCGGAGUGCUCAAAAACGCUGUAAGUAACUUUAAUAUAAACGCUUUACAAGAAAGCAUCAGCCACAUCUGCCCUUGCCACAAUAUAAGUGAGUAUAUUAAGAAGAGCUUCCUUAACGAGAAUCAAAUUAAAAUCUACCUGUACCAGUUGAUUCGGGCCACCCUAUAUCUUCACACCCUGUGUAUAACCCACCGAGAUAUAAAGCCCCAGAAUGUCCUCAUCUUCGUAAACAAGCAGGGGAGCAACAACGGGGCAGGGGGGGAGAAGAAGAAGAAAAAGUGCCUCGUGUGCAUUCAGAACUCCUUCAAGGUGAAGUACAUCAUGAAUAGGCGGCGCCGGGGGGGGGAGGCGCAGGAGGCACAGGAAGCAGGUGAUGUGGUUCUUGGUCAAGCCGCUUCAGAGGGGGACGCCGCCCCUAAUGGGCGCAACCAAAGUGAAUCGCCCGGUAGGAAGCCCUCCCGUGGUGAUAGCCCCAAUUUUGCUAGCAACGCAAAGGAGGAAGAUUCGCAAAAUGAGGGGGGACCUUCCGAGGGGGAGAGACGAGAGGAAACCCAUUCGGGUGACCACCCCCCCUGGAAGGAGACCCCGCCGUGUGGGACUUCCAAAAGGAGAGCGCAAGGAUGCCACAGCCGCUACAGCAGGAGCAGCACGCCGAUCUCCUUCAAGUGCGUAGUGAACCGAUUGGGCAAAAAGGAUGUGCGGCUGAAAAGGUCGGCCACCAUGACCCAGUCGUUUAAGGAGAGCCCAGAUGUGUGUAGGGACAACCCAGAUGUGUGUAGGGACAACCCAGACGUGUGCGGGGACACCCCCGACUCGUGUGAGGCCAGUUCGAAGGAGAACUGCGCCUCCCCUUCUGCAAACAAGUUGGGGAGCCACUCGAGAGGUGACAAAUUGGAUGGGCAGAUGGGGUCCCCCAGUUGGUGCACCAAGAAAAGCGCCGUAGAAGAUGGAGAUAGGGAUAAAUGUGGAUGUGAUGGAAGUGAGAAGGGGGGGGUAGAGCCUCCCCGCGAUGGCUCCUCCUCCAUCUCCUCUACGGAGGGGGACCUAAUGCCCUGUUUCGAGGUCAACCCAGCACACGGGGAGGGGAAGAUCAGUUUGGACAGAAUCUACAUGAAUACCAUCACGUAUAAGUAUAUUAAACUGUGCGAUUUUAACACCUCCAUUAAGUUAAAGGAGAACUACAAGUACUUCAGUUACGUCUGCUCGAGGUACUACCGGGCCCCCGAACUGCUCUUCGGAUCGAAUUAUUACAGCCAGGCCAUCGACACCUGGUCCAUAGGCUGCGUCAUGGGCGAACUCAUCCUGGGGAAGCCGCUCUUCCUGGGGGACUGUGCAUCGGACCAGCUGGUGGAAAUAAUCAAAAUAUUGGGCACCCCAAAUGAUGAAGAUUUCCUCUCCUUUAAAAGUGGCCACAAAAAUGUGAAGCUGCCCCAAGUCAAGCCAAUCACCCUGAAGAAGCUAAUAAAAAACCAAAGUUCCCAGGAGAGCAUAGACUUGCUCGGGAAGCUCCUUCAGUUCAACCCCCAGAAGAGAAUCAAGCUUUGCAACGCACUCUUGCACACUUAUUUUGAUGACAUUCGAAAUUUAAAUGCUUUUAAGAAUGAUCAUCGUAAUGGAGGUGGUACCUUCCCUCUGCCGUAUAUCACCAACUGUUUUAAUUUCACCAAGGAGGAGCUCCUGCACUUCACCGUCGAGGAGCGAAAAAUCCUCGUGCCGUUGGAGGUACGCCGUAGGAAGUUAGACGAAGUCAUGCAGUACAUAGACAUGCCGCUGGAAAGCUUCGACCAAAUGUACCCCAAUAAGGUCCACUUGGCGUGUUGA